GGGGUAAAAGCAACUCAUUAAGGGAGGGGUUCAUCCACAACCUCCUGCAGUCCAUUGUCUAACAGUCAGCUUUCUGCAACAAUUCCGGGAACGACAGACUGCUUCUCCCGCCCCCUCACAACCACUUUUUUCCCCAUGAAGAGGAAUGUGGCUGCACCAAACCCUCCAGGGGUGUCCACUGCCCAGGCCCCCAGCACACUGACCAUACUGGUGCCCCGAAGACGCCGAUACACGCUGACACCAGCCAGGCUGCGCUGGAACCACUUCAACCUCACAUACAGGAUUCUCUCCUUUCCCCGGAACCUUUUAAACCCGGAAGAGACAAGGCAGGGACUGGCUGCCGCCUUUCGCAUGUGGAGUGAUGUUUCCCCAUUCCGCUUCCGUGAAGUGGCCCCUGAUCUUCCCAGUGACCUCCAGAUAGGUUUCUACCCAACCAACCACACCGACUGCUUGGUCUCUGCUCUGCACCACUGCUUUGAUGGUCCCACAGGGGAACUGGCCCAUGCUUUCUUCCCACCCCAUGGUGGCAUUCACUUUGAUGACAGCGAGUACUGGGUCUUAGGCCCCACACGCUACAGCUGGAAGAAAGGUGAUCCAACUCCUUGGUCUGGCCUCCUCCUGGGGGCCCCCAUUCUCUCCACCACGUGGGCUACAGAGGGCUCUGGGGCAGUAAGAAUUUCCUGGGGCUGAAUACUUGAGUGAAUAUUUGAAAGGAAUUAUGGUUCUCACAGGCCUCAGC